AUGACCUCCCACAGUAAAAAAAAAGUCUCAAGGAGAAACUGCUCAUUAUAUUACCUCAUCAAUCCCCAGCUAGCUAUAGUACCAGUACUACUUCUGCUUCUCUCUUUUUCAGGUUCUGGGAGUUUGCUUCUGGUCAUUGGCUGCACUAUUCUUUUUAGAAGAAGAAGAGGAAGAGGUAUGGGGCACCAUUCAUGCUGCAACAAACAGAAAGUGAAGAGAGGGCUGUGGUCACCUGAAGAAGAUGAGAAGCUCAUCAGCUACAUCUCCACCUAUGGCCAUGGCUGCUGGAGCUCCAUCCCUAAACUUGCUGCAGGGCUUCAGAGAUGUGGGAAGAGCUGCAGGCUGAGAUGGAUAAACUACCUGAGGCCUGAUCUCAAGAGGGGAAGCUUCUCCCCUCAAGAAGCUGCCCUCAUCAUUGAGCUCCACACCAUUCUUGGAAACAGAUGGGCACAAAUAGCAAAGCACUUGCCAGGGAGAACAGACAAUGAGGUGAAGAACUUUUGGAACUCAAGCAUCAAGAAGAAGCUCAUCUCCCACCACCACCACCAUCUUCACCAUAAUCAUAACAAUCAUGGAGGAUUCUUAGUUCCACCACCGCACCAAGGCUUUGAUCACUCCACCACCACCAUGUUCCAUCAUCCAAAUCACCCUUCAUCACUACUUCUUUCUCCUCCCUCUCUCCAUGAUCACCCUUCAUCCUUCUUCUCCCUCGACUCGACUGCGAAUCACAACACCACCAACAACAACAACUCUAGUACUGGCCUCAACAUUCAAGACCCCACCAACAACAACAACCAUCUCCUUGUCUCUCCUUCGUCAGUGCUCCAGGGUUAUGGCAACGGUGCUGGAGAUGUCAUAGCCCUGGAGGAACCAUAUCACUUGCCAAACCAGCUACUCAUGAACAUCACUAAUUCUCCCAUCGACCCAAUAUGGCCACCAUCUUUGCCUUUCUUGACCAACCCACAACUCCUCAACAACAACAUUGACACCACCAUCAUCACUACUCCUGCAGCUCCCAAUCAAGAGGAAGUUCAUCAUGAUGAUCAAGUCCUGAUGAUCACCAACAUUGAUGAUGAUCAUGACAAACAAGAUGACCACCACCAUCAUCAAGGAGUUAUUAACAACAUGAUGAUGAUGAUCAACCAACCAAUGUUGAUCCCUUAUGAUGAUGAUGUUGAUCAUGACCAAGUACAACAACAACAACAACAUCAUCAUCAUCAGCUACUCAUGAUGCCACCUCAUCUUGUAUCAUCACAAACACAUCAUCAAGGAGCAGAUGAAGAUGAAGAAGAUCAAGCCCAAGAGCUAGAGGAUGAUCAUCAUCAUCAGGACCCACAACCAGUUUGCACAUCAUCACCAGCUGGCAUGGCGAUGACGUCAUCACAGGCCAGUCAGAUCGAGUACAUGGAAGCCAUGAUCAUGUCAUCCUUACCAUCGUCAUCAUCUUCUUCAUCGUUCAUUGGACCAGGCAGCAGCUGCUGGAACAUGGCUGGCUAGCUAAUAUGCAUAUUGUGGAAAUAUUUCAAUUAAGUUUGCUAUUAUAAGGAAGAAGAAUAUAAAUAUAUGUGGAUCAUGUUGCAUACUAACUAAGGUACAAUAUAUAUGUUUGGUAUAGUAAUUAAUAGGGGUGGUACGUAGUGGGUAUUUUUAUAAUUAAAUAUGGGUUUGCCUGAAAGAUGUAUAAGGAUGGUGAGUGCAGCUUUUAUGGGAGAAAACCUAGAUGUUACUAGUUCAGGUUCUUUCUUCACUCACUCACUCACUAAUGCUUUCAUUUCUCCUCCUCUUCGUCAUUUAUUAAUAUACCUCUCCAUAGUAUUGAUUGUUACUCUGAAUCUAGACCUUGUGCAUUCAAUUUUGAUGGGUGACUGAGAGGAAGGACUGAAGGAGGAGGUUGCUCGUUACGCGCGAGGUUUGAGACCAGAAUUUUUUUUAAUUCACGAUUUGGCGCUACAAUUGUCU